AUGGGUUGCGGAAUGAGCACGGAGGACAAGGAGGGCAAGGCCCGGAAUGAGGAGAUUGAGAACCAGCUCAAGAGGGACAAGAUGAUGCAGCGUAAUGAGAUUAAGAUGCUUCUUCUGGGUGCUGGUGAAUCCGGAAAGUCGACCAUCCUGAAGCAAAUGAAGCUGAUCCACGAGGGCGGCUACUCCCGCGACGAGCGCGAAUCUUUCAAGGAGAUCAUUUUCAGCAAUACCGUCCAGUCGAUGCGUGUUAUUCUCGAGGCCAUGGAGUCUCUGGAGCUGCCCCUUGAGGACCAGCGCAUGGAGUACCACGUCCAGACCAUCUUCAUGCAGCCGGCCCAGAUCGAAGGCGACGUCCUUCCCCCCGAGGUUGGCAGUGCCAUCGAAGCCCUCUGGAAGGAUCGUGGCGUUCAGGAGUGCUUCAAGCGGUCUAGGGAAUACCAGCUGAACGACUCGGCAAGAUAUUACUUCGAUAACAUUGUCCGAAUUGCCACCCCCGACUACAUGCCGAACGACCAAGAUGUGCUCAGGUCGCGUGUCAAGACGACUGGUAUUACGGAAACGACCUUCAUCAUUGGCGAUCUUACCUAUCGCAUGUUCGACGUCGGUGGUCAGCGAUCCGAGCGAAAGAAGUGGAUUCACUGCUUCGAGAACGUCACAACCAUCCUUUUCCUCGUGGCCAUUUCCGAGUACGACCAGCUUCUGUUCGAAGACGAGACCGUGAACCGGAUGCAGGAGGCUCUGACCCUCUUCGACUCCAUCUGCAACUCAAGGUGGUUCAUCAAGACAUCCAUCAUCCUUUUCUUGAAUAAGAUCGACAGGUUCAAGGAGAAGCUACCCAUCAGCCCCAUGAAGAACUACUUCCCCGACUACGAGGGCGGCGAUGACUAUACUGCGGCAUGCAGCUACAUUCUCGAUCGCUUCAUCAGCUUGAACCAGCAUGAGCAAAAGCAGAUCUACACCCACUUCACCUGCGCAACGGAUACCACUCAGAUCCGCUUCGUCAUGGCGGCUGUCAACGACAUCAUCAUCCAAGAAAACCUUCGUAACUGCGGCCUGAUUUGA